AAGCCCCUUUCGCCACCUUCAAAACAAGAUAGUAUGCUAAAGUUGGUGCUCUGAAGUUACCAUUUUAAAAGUUAGUGCGCGCUUUAUCUGCCGCAGACUUUCUAACCUAACUUUGUGUUUUCCAAAUAAACGUCGAUUUGUGGACAUUACGCGCUACAACUACAAGAAAAACGAUGGCAACAAUAGAAAAAUUGAUGCUCAACGGACUUCGAAGCUUUGGUCCUGCAGAGGAGGACACCCAAAAAAUAAAAUUUUCAUCCCCUUUGACACUCUUUCUUGGUGAAAAUGGGUGUGGGAAAACCACCAUCAUUGAAGCGCUAAAAUUUGCAUGCUCAGGUGACAUACCUGGUGGGAGUAAAUCUGGACAGGGAUUUGUUAACGAUCCAAAGCUCUCCAAUCGAAUGUGUACAAAAGGCCAAGUCCGUCUUUCACUUAAAGAUCCAAAAGGCAACAAGUAUCUUGUCAUUAAAUCGGUUCAAGUGCAAAAUAAAGGGGUAACAUCCAGUUUCAAAAGGCUCGACAGUACGCUGAAGAAAAUGCUCCCAGAUGGAACACCCCAACUGAUCUCGUCCCGUUGUGUCGAAAUUGACAAUGAAAUUUGUGAUAUCUUAGGAGUGUCUAAGGCGAUUUUGAAUAAUGUCGUCUUCUGUCACCAAGAGGACGCGUACUGGCCUUUAGAAGAACCAAAGAAGCUGAAAGAAAAAUUCGACGAGAUUUUUGGCUCGACAGAGUACAACAGGUGCGCCGAAAGCAUACGAAAGAUGAUUAAAGAGAAAGAAACCGAAAUAAAAAUACAAGAAUCGAAGGUGGGCAUGUUGAAGCAGGUAAAGGAGAUUGUCGACAGGAAAAACUCAGACUUGAAUGAGAAGAAAGAGAAGAACGGCCGAUUAGAGGAAGUCAUUAAAGAAAAAAAAGAGCGUAUUACUCCUCUGGAUAGUCGUCUACGUGAGAUAGCAGAUUUGGAAACGAAUUUAGCCAAGUUACAAGCGGAUUAUACGAGAAUGGAAGCGACCAAGAAUGCUUUGGUUGAACAACAAAAAACUAUUCGUAGCAGCAUUAAUUCGCUAUUUUCGGGUGACGAUGAGGAAUUACGGGCGAAAAUUGAUUCAUUCGAGGCGCAAUUUGCAAAAAUCAGAGAAAAACUUGCGCAUUGUCAACAUGAGAAGGUGAAAAUUGAAAGGGAACAAGCUCAGCUGUCUCAAACAAUCGAUCGCUCGCAAAUUAAGUUGGGCAAAUUACAAGCGGCUAAGAAACAACAUGAACUUACACUCGCACAGCGGAACAAUAACAUCUCUAACGCUGGUGAAAAACUGAAUCUGUCCGUUGAUACUGAAGAUUCCAAAGGCGCAAUUGCUGCCAUACAGACUCAUAUCAACUCUGCCGAGGAGGACUAUGAGGCGCUUACAAUUCAGUAUGACAUCGAUGAGUCUCAGUUGCAAGAGAAAAUUGACGAAUGUCGCGAAAAACUGGCAAAGGCGAAGCACGACAUCGAGUCGAAAGGGCAACUUAUUAAGGAUAUGAAGAAUAAAUCGCGCGAAAUCGACAGUCAACUGCGCGAACUCGACUAUUCCGACGAGCAGCUGAAAUCUCUCGAAUCAAAAAUUGCGCGUGUCGACAACGAUUUAAAAACCGCAAAGGAAAGCUUCAAUCCAAACGAGGUCACUCAGAGUAUCGAAAGAGGCAAGCAGCGCAUUCGCGAGUUGGAAGAGUCGAACGAAACCUUGGAACGCGAACAUAAGAUUCUUCUGCAGAACAAUGUGACCGAGGCGGAGUUGGAAACUCAGCGGCACGAAAUCGUCAAACGCGAAGCCGAAAUCCACAAACUAAAGAAUAAGCACUUCGACAUCUUAAAUUCGAUCUUUGGCGAAGAAACCCCCAACGCCGGUUUCAUCAAGAAAGCGGUUGACAAUGUCAAGCAGUUCAAGACUGGGAACGUUAACGAGCUCAAUAAGAAAAUAACCAACAAGCAAAAGGAAUCGACUACCCUAGAGUCUAAGUGCCGCUUUCAAAAGGACAAGCUGCAGUCUUUGGAAAAGGAGUUGGAGCAAAAUGAGACAAAAUUCAUCAAAGUUACACAGGGGAAGCCGUUUGAUUUGGCGCUCACCGAAUUGCAACAGGAGCUCGAAAUUUUGCAAAAGAACAAAGGGCAGCUAAGUUCCGCGAAGAUUAUGUACGAGAAAUUCGUUUCCGACUUCCAGAAGGAAAAACCCUGUUGUCCGCUGUGCAAAACCGACUUUAACGGCCAGCUAUCGGCGACCAAUGAGAUUAUACGCAACAUCAAGAAUAAGAUCGCAGGUAUACCCAAGCAGCUGCAAGAUACUGCCGAGAGACUGAAGGUGAAACAGGACGAGCACGACAAGCUGUUACAAAUGAAGCCUGUUCACGAAAAAAUCGCCGAACUAAAAGAGAAGCUCAUACCGAUAACGACCUCGGAGAAACAAAACUUUGAAAGCUUCUACGCGAGGGUCGAUAAGGAAUUGAACGAGCUAAAAGAGCAGAUAAAGGAGCCGCAGGUUGUUAUCGAUAACUGUAAUAAGGUUAUAGGCGAUGUCGCGCUGAUCGACCAACACCAGAUUGAAAUAAAUAAUUCGAAGCGAAAAGUUCAGAUGUUGGAAGCACAAAUAGUGCAGGUGUCAUCUAAUCGUUCACGGCAACAAACCGAAGCAGAAUUGGAAAAAAACAAGCUAGAGUUAUCGACUGUCCGUAGAGAUUCUGAAACGGCAAAUACACGAUUAAGACAACAUAGCGAAUCGUGUCAGCAAUUGCGCGAGCAAAGGAGUAGACACGUCGAACAGCAAUUGCAAAUACAAAAAGCAAUGCAAGGAAAACCUCAAUUACAAGAGCAGCUGGCCGAGUUAUCUGAUAAAGAACUUGUACUGAAGCAAGAAAUAGAGGAGUUGGGUUUGUUGUUGAUUCCUCUUCGAAGUGAACUUAAAGAAGCCGAAACAACACGAGACACAACAAAAAAUGAUAACCGAGAAAAAUUGAAACAAAUGCAACAACAGCUAAGCUCCAAUAAGAAAUUGUUAGAUGACAUUAAGAAACUACAAAAGGAUAUCGAUUCUUAUGUUGCGACAGGCGUCGAUGCAUCUUUCCUAGCGACCGUAGAAGAACUUGCUGAUAUUAAAAAACAAAAUAUGGCAUUAGAAACAAACAAAACAAACACAUUAGAAAAGAUCAACGAAAUUAAUAAACAAAUAGCGAGCCAAGAUGGCGGACUAAGAGAUUUGAAUGACAAUCUUCUACUUCGUCAAAAAAAGAAAGAAGAGGAAAAGUUACAGGGCGAUAUAAAAAAUUUAAAGCGUCAGAUCGGCGAUCACAAUUAUCGUACGAUUCUGGAGGAAAAGAGAAGACUACAAGAGGAAAAGGAAGAGUACAGCAGACAAAUAAGUCAGUGCGUUGGGCAAACAGAUAUCCUAAAACAAGAAAUUGUCAAAAUCGGCGUCGAGCUGAAUACGUCUGAAUAUAAAAACGCUUACGCCAACUAUAAAAAAGCUCUAAUCACUCACGUGGUUAUAAAAGACGGCGCGAAAAAUCUACAUCUAUUCUUAAGAGCCCUCGAGUACGGCAUACUCAAAUUUCACCAAGAGCGCAUGGAUCAAAUUAACAAAAUCAUUCGAAAGCUAUGGCGCUCCAUUUAUCGAGGCAACGACUGCGACUACAUCGAAAUAAAGACAGACGAAACUAAAGCGACCGGUCUACGGCGCAGUUACAACUACAAGGUGGUGCAGAUUAAAUCGGACGUCGAAAUUGAAAUGCGAGGUCGGUGUAGCGCCGGUCAAAAAGUCCUCGCAUGCUUGAUUAUUCGAAUGGCGCUCGCCGAGACGUUCAGCAAGAAUUGCGGUAUUCUCGCGUUGGACGAGCCGACGACGAAUUUGGACCGGUCGAAUAUUCAAAGUUUGAGUACGGCGCUCGCGAAGAUUGUGAACGCGAGGCAGGAGGAGAAGAACUUUCAGCUGUUGAUUAUUACGCACGACGAAGAGUUUAUUCAUGCCCUAUCUCGUGUAGACAAGGUGGAUUAUUUUUGGAAGGUAAGUCGUAACGAAAGAGGCAAUUCCGUUGUUACAAAAACAUAUGAUCUGUAAAUUAUGUGGAGAUCUAGAAGAAGCCGCUAUAGAGCUUGUUUUACGCUGCCUGUUUUAUUAGUUAUGUUUUAGUGAACUACAGUAUUCCUAUUGUUUGUUUAUGUCUAACAAUAAUAAAGUUUGUAUUUUAUCAGGA